AAGCAAACAACUAAACAUAGUCGCUGGCGGUUCCUUAAGGUAUAUAAACGAAGCGUUUUCAUCGAACCGUUAGUUUGUUUGUUGGCUCUCUCUCUCUCUCUCUCUCUCUCUCUCUCAACUUGUCUAAUGUCUCUCUGAAGUCAGUCUGAUCCAUCCAAACCUAAAACCCUAGACUCUCUGAAUCUCAUCGAUUCAGCAGAUUGAAGAAUCCAAGUCAAUGGAUGGAGAAGAAAGAAGCUUGGGCUUGAAAAGAAAGAACCCAUAUCAGGAUUCUGGGUUUCAAAGUAGGAACCAUCAAGCUUUUGAUAGACACAUGCUUCCUGAAGGUUGGGUGGGUUGCCCUGCAUAUGGUGAAGAAAUAAGUUGUAUAAUUCCUUCAAAAGUACCGCUUGGUGAGUCUUUCAAGGAUCAUAUUCGUGGUGAAACAUACACUCCAAAGCAAGUCAUUCAUCAACAAAGACUUCUAGGAAGAGAACUUGGUUUAGUGAUUGAUUUAACAAACACUACUCGUUACUAUCCCGUUUCGGAUUGGACAAAAGAAGGCAUUCGUCAUGUUAAGAUACAAUGCAGAGGAAGGGAUUCCGUACCUGAUAAUGUAGCUGUAGAUAAAUUUCUCUAUGAGGUAUCACAAUUUUUCUCCCAUAGAGCUGACCCAACGGAGUGUAUACUUGUCCACUGUACACAUGGGCAUAACCGCACCGGUUUCAUGAUUGUUCAUUUUCUUGUGCGUAACGAAUCAAUUUCUGUUACUGAGGCAAUAAAUAAAUUUGCCAAGGCACGGCAUCCAGGAAUAUAUAAACAGGACUAUAUUGAUGAACUUUACAUGUUUUAUCAUGAACGAAAGCCGGAAUCAGUUGUUUGCCCACAAACUCCAGAGUGGAAGAGAUGUUCCGAUCUUGAUGACAAGGCUGGAGCUGUGAUGUAUCAGGACAAUGAAAAUCACGUGAGAAAUGAAGCAAUGACAAUUGAUGAUGUUUUGGGUGAACCAAUACCUUUUGACCAGCAAAAAACGAUGCGAGAAGCCUGUUAUCAUGCACUCAAGUUGGGUGCAGGGGGUAGAGGGAAUUUACAAUUUCCAGGGUCGCAUCCUGUUUCGCUCAACAGGGACAACCAACAAUUAUUAAGGCAACGCUAUUACUACGCCACAUGGAAAGCUGAUGGAACACGUUAUAUGAUGCUAAUUACUUGGGACGGCUGUUACUUGAUUGAUAGGAAAUUUUGUUUCCGAAGGGUCCAGAUGCGUUUUCCUUGCAAAUUCUCAAAUAAGGUUAUACCUGAGAAGACUCACCACUUCACAUUACUUGAUGGAGAGAUGAUAAUUGACACUGACCCAAAUACUCAUAAGCAAGAGAGAAGAUACCUCAUUUAUGACGUCAUGGCAAUCAACCAACUCUCUCUCACAGAGUUGCCAUUCCAUGAACGGUGGAAAAUGCUUGAAAAAGAAGUGAUUGAGCCUCGAAAUAUGGAACGUGAUACUCUUUCCAAGAGUCCAGAGCCUUAUUACAGAUAUGACUUGGAACAAUUCAGUGUGAGGAGGAAGGGUUUUUGGUUACUAUCUACUGUUACAAAACUUUUGAGGAAAUUCAUUCCUGGGCUUUCACAUGCAUCUGAUGGUCUGAUAUUCCAGGGCUGGGAUGAUCCAUAUGUACCCCGCACACAUGAAGGUCUUUUGAAGUGGAAAUUUCCUGAAAUGAAUUCAGUUGAUUUUCUCUUUGAGUUAGGAGUUGAUGGUCGGGAGCUACUUUUUCUGAAUGAGCGUGGAAAGAAGAAGCUAAUGGGAGGCUAUAGGGUGGUUUUUAAAGAUGAGCUCGACCCUGCUCUUUGUUCAGGGAAAAUUAUUGAGUGCUCCUGGGAUGCAGAGGGAAAUGUAUGGGUGUGCAUGCGGACUAGGCCAGACAAAUCAACCCCAAAUGAGUUCAAUACCUAUAAGAAGGUAAUGCGAAGCAUAAAGGAUAAUAUCACGGAGGAAGUUUUGUUGAAGGAGAUAGAUCAGAUUGUUCGGCUACCCAUGUAUGCUGACCGGAUACGGAACGAUAUUAAGGCCCAUGAGCACAAUUCUUCUUCCCGGCGCCGGUGAUUGUGGUGCCCAAAUAAGCAUAUUUCCAAUUAGAGGUCACAAGAAAUGGGGAUAGCAAAUUCAGUGUAACCUUAAUGAUGUAGUUUUAUGUUAUGUUUUUGUCAUGUCAGGUCAGGGAUCCCACUAUCGAUUUGUAUCAUUAUCAGCAAAAGGAUCAUAGUUUUUUCUUUCCUAUGGAUCCCAUGGUGUAUAUUAGCAACCUCUUAAUCCAAUUAAUUAAUUCAUUCAUUGGUUAUUCUCGAUCA